AUGGUUAGCAGUAAACCAAUCUUAGAGACUGUUCAAUAUAUUCUGGAGGGCGUUGUAGUCAGGAGCAGAGUUGUUAACACUGAUGCCAAAGGUGGAGUCGCCGACAUGUUUCCAAUGAGUGGGAGUAUCUCUGUGGGGGCACCGUUCAUGAGGAUGAGGAAGCAAGGCAGUCCCAUCCUACGUCAAGAGCACACAAGGGAGCAGCGUCAGGAGCACACAAGGAGCAGCAUCAGGAACACACAAGGGAGCAGCGUGAGGAACACACAAGGGAGCAGCGUCAAGAGCACACAAGGGCAGCGUCAGGAACACACAAGUCAGGAGCACACAAGGGAGCAGCGUCAGACACAAGGGAGCAGCAUCAGGAACACACAAGGGAGCAGCAUCAGGAGCACACAAGGGAGCAGCAUCAGGAACACACAAGUGAGGAGCACACAAGGAGCAGCGUCAAGAGCACACAAGGGAGCAGCGUCAGGAACACACAAGGGAGCAGCGUCAGGCACACAAGGGAGCAGCAGGAACACAGGGAGCAGCGUCAGGAACACACAAGGGAGCAGCAUCAGGAACACACAAGGGAGCAGCGUUAGGAACACACAAGGGAGCAGCGUGAGGACACAAGGGAGCACAAGAGCACACAAGGAGGGAGCAGCGUCAAGAGCACACAAGGGAGCAGCGUCAAGAGCACACAAGGGAGCAGCGUCAGGAACACACAAGGAGCAGCGUCAGGAGCACACAAGGGAGCAGCGUGAGGAGCACACAAGGGAGCAGCGUGAGGAGCACACAAGGGAGCAGCGUCAAGAGCACACAAGGAGCAGCGUCAGGAACACACAAGGGAGCAGCGUCAAGAGCACACAAGGGGCAGAACACAGCGUCAGGAACACACAAGGGAGCAGCGUCAAGAGCACACAAGGGAGCAGCGUCAGGAACACACAAAGCAAGAGCAGAGCAGCGUCAGGAACACAGCGUCAGGAACACACAAGGGAGCAGCGUCAGGAGCAACACACCACCAUCAGCAGGACCUCUCUUGUUUGCAUGAACAACAGCAGCGAUAAACAAAGUGGAUAA